AUGAGUAAUGAACUACUUAGUGAAGGAGAACUUAUCAAAAAAUACUUCAAACGAGCAGAAUUAUUAAAAGCCUUAGGAAUAAAUAUCUUAAAAAGUUAUCCAAACUCUCUUGCAAGUAAUAUCACAAUACCAGAGCUAGAGAAUUGUCAUGAAUAUAAUGAAGAAAUUUUGUUAAAUCCACCCAAAGCAUUUACUACACUCAUGUGUGAUCAUAUACUCUAUUAUAACUGUCUUGAAAAAAGUAAUAGAGAUAAGCAAAAAACUUAUCCUAUUUGUUUCGUAGAUAAUGAAGGAAUAGUAUUAGCUGAAGUUCAAGAUGUAGAUAUGUCAGAGGCAGUAGAAGAUGAAGGUAAAAAAACCUCUAAUCUAACAGGAGUGGUAAGUAAGUUAUCUGUAGAUGGUGGUAAAGCUAUCUUACAAAGUGAAACAAAAUCCAUAGAACCUGAUAAAGUACAAGGUUUAAUAAAAGAACUAUCUAUGCCAAGUGAACUGAUUGAUGAUAAUAAUAAAGAAAAUAAGAGCAAGAAAUCAAAACCAAAAACUUUACUCCAAUUAUACUAUAAUGCAAGCUGA